AGGCAAACGAAUGUCGCCGAACCCGUCCGCCAGCAGACUGGCGAGGGCCAACACAUGCGCCUAAAUUUAGGCAGUCAAAAAGUCACAAACGGCUGGGUUUUGCAUUGGUUUCUGGCCGAGGGGGUCAUAACAAUAGUAAUUAAUGACCCCCACUGUGUGCAAAAACCCCAAAAAAACUUUAAGAAAAACGCGGGUGCCAAAAAAAGCCGCACACGCUUUUUUUCUGGUGUUUUUUUACAGAUAAAAAAAAAAAACGCCAGACAAAAUUCGUAUGAAAACCUGGUGGAGAGGAGUAAAAGAAACGCUUGUGUCGCCCCGUAACCCCACAUUCACGCGGCCACGCCGGUGGCGGGCGCUGCUGUUUGUCAGGCUGAGGCUCGCGCUUGCUCAGCUUCAGCGUCACAUGACCCUCCUGACAGCUCAGGGCUCCUCCCCACCACUGGCAGUCACGUGUCACGUGCCCGCGCUCAGGCUCUGUGAUCCGGAAGCGUCCGAAUCCAUCGCUCGGCGCUCCUGCAAGAUCCCGGACGGAUCGCCGAGUUGUCGAUCGCGGUGAGACCGGAUCAGAGGAUUACUGACUACAGGGGGCGGGACGGAGACCUUCCCCCCCCCGCCGUGAUCAGCUGUCAGGUUAAUGAGAGGAAGUGAAGAUCGGCGACUCCCUCGGCUCGUGCUUGUGUCCUGAUCACAUGACACUCAGGAUGUUCUUGGAGACUCGGAACAGCUCGGUCACCAAUGUCACCUCCUUACCCUUCACUGCCUCAUCAUAUCUGACAUCAGCGCUGCCAACCACCUCUGACAUCAGCGGCGCCAAUGUAACUGUACCACAUGUGUGUCUGGUCAUCCUGUAUGAAGACAUUAGAAGCUCCAGGGUAAGAUAUUGGGACCUCUUGCUUUUAAUUCCCAAUGUUCUCUUCUUCGUGUUCCUGCUGUGGAAGUUGCCCUCUGCCAGAGCCAAAAUCCACGUCACAUCAAGUCCAAUUUUCACCACUUUCUACAUCCUUGUGUUUGUGGUGUCAUUUGUGGGAAUCACACGAGCAGUUGUCUCUAUGACGGUCAGUUCAUCCAGUGCAGCCACUGUCACAGACAAGGUUUUGUGGGAAAUCACCAGGUUCUUCCUGCUGGCCAUAGAACUGAGCGUCAUCAUCCUGGGUUUAGCUUUUGGUCAUCUUGAAAGUAAAUCCAGUGUAAAGCGGGUGCUGGCGAUCACGGCCGUCCUGUCACUUGCUUACUCAGUAACGCAGGGGACUUUGGAAAUCCUGUAUCCAGACGCCCAUCUCUCAGCGGAGGACUUUAACAUCUACGGGCAUGGCGGCAGGCACUUCUGGCUUGCCAGUUCCUGCUUUUUCUUCUUGGUGUAUACGUUGGUGUCUAUACUUCCCAAAACCCCACUGAAAGACCGCAUCUCUCUACCAUCAAGGAAAAGUUUCUACGUGUACGCUAUAAUCCUGGCCAUGCUGAAUCUGGUGCAAGGAGUUGGCAGUGCCCUGCUGUGCGCGGAGGUCAUUAAUGGGCUGUGCCUCGUCGACAUCACUACAUUUUUAUACUUCAGCCUGUUUGCUCCUCUCAUGUAUGCGGCAUUCCUGAAAAGCUUCUUUGGGUCCGAGCCUAAAAUUCUCUUCUCCUACAAAUCCCAAGUGGACGAGCCUGACGACUCAGACGUCCACCUCCCGCAUCCCUAUGCCGUGGCGAAGAAAGAAGGCGCAGACUCGGGAUUUUACUCCAGCACCCAGAUUGACACGACGGCUUAUCUAGAUGACGUGGCCUCCAUGCCGCACGUUGGGAGCAUUAACAGCAUCGACAGUGACCGCUGGAAAGCUAUAAACGCCUAGGCCUCGGGGUCACUCAACAUCUCGCGGAGGUUCUGCCUGCGUCACCUCUAUGCUGUGGAUUUCCGAAUGUCUUCAGAGUGAAAAUCUCUCUAAAAAUAUAUAAUUUUUUUUUCCUCCCGAAUCUCAUAUGGAAAUCAGACCGAUUGUACCAGAGACCUUCUGUAAUGCUGCUAAGAUCUUGCAAUCCUUGAGGAGGAAGGUUGCUGGUCUUGGACCAAGGUGCCACAUUGAGGAUGAUUAAAGAGGCCGGCUCAGGUCGUUUGAAUGACUGCCACUUACCUGUGCAGCCCGGUGGGCUCUGUUCUAUGGAUGCUGGAGCCUGCAUGUAGUGGGUGGCUGGGCUUUUCCCAUUGUCAGUACCUAUGCACACCUGGUUUAUACAAUAUCUGCUGGUGCCUAUGGCAGUGAAGACCCAUACAUGUGCCAGGCUGUACUGAGUACAAAUCACUGCACUGGAUUAGGUUGUAGGAGUAUGUACGAUGACCGCUGGCGACAACUCGGAAAGACUAAUCUUAUGCUGAUCGUGGAUUUUCUGUUUAAAGUAGGGAAAUACUCGGAGAGUGUUCCCCUUUAAUAGAAAGAAUACCAGUAAAUACAAAGCUUAAAGAGGUUGUUUCAUCUGGGACUUUGGCAUAUCGCUAGGAUAUGCCACCAAUGUCUGACAGGUGCAGGUCUCACCUCUGAGACCGCCAUCUAUCUCUGAGACCGCCGUGCGUUGCAUGCUCUCCAUUUUUAUGGGAGUUCUGAAAAUAGCUGAGUGAGCUCUCUGGAGUCCAAUAGAGAUGAAUGGACAGCACAAACCGCGCAAGCGUGGCCACUGCUUCAUUCGCUUAUAUAGGUCUGUGUGAUAUAUGGGGUCUCAUUCUGGAAAUAGAUGUGGGUCCUACCGAUAUGCCACCAAUGUCUCAGAUGAGAAUACCCUAGGGCAGGCAUGCUCAACCUGCGGCUCUCUAGCUGUCGCAAAACUACAACUCCCAGCAUUCUCGGACAGCCUACAGCUAUCAACCUACAGCAGGGCAUUGUGGGAGUUGUAGUUUUACAAAACAGCUGGAGUGCCGCAGGUUGAGCAUCCCUGGCCCAGGGACUGUGUACAGGUGCAUAGUAUAGAGGAUAAGUAUCUAAUUGUUGGGACCAACCACUGGGACCCCUGCUGAUCCGGAGAACCUGGGUCUGGAUCACCUCUAUAAAUGGAGGAGUAGGUUGCGCUCGCACAGUGCGGCCCUAUUCAUUCUCUACGGGCCUGCUGGAGGUAGCAGGGUACAGCGCUCGGCUGUUUUUAGUAGUCCUGUAAAGAAUGAAUGAAACGGCAGCGUUGGGCUCCAUUCACACAUCCGUAAUAAUUGGUCCGCAUCCGUUCCGCAGAUUGCGGAAUGCGUGCGGGCCCAUUAAUUCUCUAUGGGGACGGAACGGAUGCGGAGAGCACACUAUGUGCUGUCCGCAUCCACAUUUCCGGAGCACACCGCCGGUUCUAUUCCUGUCCGCAAUUGCGGACCAGAAUAGGCCGGCCGGGUGUAUUGCGGAUCCGCAAUGCACUACGGAUGUGUGAAUGGACCCUAAAAGCACAGCCUGCCACUCCAUGCAUAAGGGGGAAAUAGGACCCCUGUUCUCAGUAACGGUGGGGGCUCCAGCGGUCGGACCCCCAACGAUCAGAUAUUAUGCCCUAUGCUGUAGA